CAACAACUGCUGUCAGAGGAGAAGAGAGUGUCAGCAUCAAAAGUCAUUCCUCUAUAUCGGAUGCUGCAGCACAACCUGUUAGAAAAAUUGAGGCACUCAAAGCAGCCAGCAACUCAGCAAUUGGGCACAUUCUUGAAGGAUGGACUGCAGGCAAGGUGUGGUCAAUAUGAAAUUGUUCGACCACUGGCACUGGCAACAUUACUGGAUCCACGAUUCAAAAACCUGGGUUUUGGCAACCCAGCAAAAGCACAGGAAGCAGAAAAGCAGCUGAUAUUGGAGUGUGCCACUUUGAUCCAGCCUGCUGAAACAUCUGAUCCCCAAAUCGCACCUUCAUCAUCUUCCACAGCAGACAACAGUCUUUGGGACAUGUUUGACCAAAAAGUGAAGAGCAAAACCACCACACGCAGCAUCACAGCAGACACAACAAUUGAAGUUGGAAAAUAUCUUCAAGAGCCCUUCAUUCCCCGAUCUGCAGAUCCUCUUGCAUAUUGGAAGGAAAGGGCAGUGGUCUUUCCACAUCUGCAUAAACUUUCAAAGAAAUUCCUUUGCAUUCCUGCGACAAGUGUACCAUGUGAAAGAGUUUUUUCCAAAGCUGGAGAGGUGAUAACAAAAAAAAGAAAUCGGUUGCACCCCUCCACUGCAGAAAAAAUAAUCUUCUUAAAUAAAAACCUUGAAAUCUAAGUAAUGCAUAUUUCCAUGUGUUCAUUUUAUUUUAAUUUAAUUUCAUUUAUUCAUUUAGCACAUAUCAGUACAUCAAUGGUGCAGGGAUGGAACAAAGCCCAAUGGGCUUGUACAGGAGUUCCACCCUUAACAGAAAUUACAGUCAACUUAGAUUAAUAAGGCUAACAAAUAAACUUUGAAAAAUCAGGAGACAAAGUACAAAAUAAAGCAUUACUAAACAGUAAUAUACAGUGUAAACAAAAUUCAUAAUUCAAGAUAUGCAAGAUAUAUGGAUGAAGAAGAAGCAAAUAAAGUAGUAAGGCAGUGGAGAGGGCAGGAAGUGACUAGCUGUGCAGUAGAUGUUUUUUUGAGCUGCUUUUUAAAGAGUGAGAGGGACGUUAAAGAUGUAGGUAAACUGUUCCAGAGCAUCAGACCUCUGUAUGACAGGUUGAGUUGAUUAUGUGAAGUGCAGGUUAAAGGUGGAUAUAGAUUAUUAUUGUUACUGUGUCUAGUUCUGUGUGAGUGUGUUUUAGUAACA